CGAACUUGUCGAAUUUCAGAGCAUACUCGUUUUAAAUAAGGAAUACUGAACUUAAAGCCACAAUAAUUGGUCCUACAGAUUUGUACGUCAAAAGUGGCAGUGACAUAAAUUUAACAUGUAAAAUAAUACAGGGCCCUCAUGAACUGGGCAAUAUAUUUUGGUAUAAAGGAUCUGAAAUAAUUGACAUGACUACAAAUCAAAAUGAAAUUGAUAGUGGGACAAGGAUAACAGUUGAAAACGAUUGGUCGGAUGGUCUUACUUCAAGAUUGAAAGUAAGAAGAGCCUCAUCCAGUGACACUGGCAAUUACACUUGUGUACCGACGAUAGCAAAAUCAUCGAGUGUAUAUGUCCAUGUAAUUAUAGGCGAACAUCCAGCUGCAAUGCAACAUAAUUCCAGCAACAUGAAUAAUGCCAACUUUUACACAACCUUUUGUUGCAUGUUAUUCACUAUUCUAACAUGUUGUUUACAAAACUUUAUGUGCACCAGCAGAAGCAAAACAAUUAAAACCACAAUAACCAUAUUGGCAAUGAAGAAAUCAUCAACAAGUAAUGCAUCAUUAUCAAUGGUAAAUGCAACAUCAACAUAUGCAUCAGCGUCAACAUCAAUGUCAGCUACAAAAACAGUAGUACAAAAUACGAAAAGAAUAUCUACUGUUGCUAAAAUGGCACAAUCUAAACAAUACAUUUUACCUGUGUUAUCAUUCAAAGAAAUAAGAACAAUUCCAUCGUCAGCAUUAUUUGAUACCAACGGAACAACAUUACCAACAACUGCUAUGUUAGCAACUAUGUGCAGGAAAGCACCGCAUUUGAGUUGCAAUGGCAGAAUCUCUAGAUGAAAGAUUAAAGUUUAUGAUGAACAAAGUUCAAGACAACCCAGAUUUCUUUAAAAAAACAACAAAACAAAACCAAGUAGAUUGUUAAGGUGGUGUUUUUUCAUGUUUUAAUUCAUUCCAUAUACUUUUCUAUGAUUCAAUUUUUUACGACAGACAUGAGUUUUAAAAUACAAGUAGUACACGUAUCUUGGAAGAACACAAAAAAUACAAUACAUAAAGUUUAAGUUCUUUUUAUAUGGCAGAAAAACAAAAUAAAUAAAAUAAAAUUAUAAUAAUAUUAAGAUGGAAUCGUAAAGGAAAAUGGGAAGAAUGUAAAAGGCUUUGUGGAAUAACGUACAUACAUCUGUGAGUAUGGAUGGGUGAGCAAAAUGUAUACAAAUUAAUGAAACUGAACGAAUGAAAUGAUGGAACAAAAGAUUUCAUUGUUGUUCUCAUUUUUUAGCAACUCAAAGAAUGAGAAAGUGGUAAUUAAUCUUUUGUGCAAAGAAUAAGUCAGUCAGCGAAUCAGUUAAUCAGUGAGUUAGUUUAAGAUGCUCUUACAAGGAAGUAGUUUUGUAAAUUAUAUAGAAAUCAUCACAAUGAUGUAACAAAUAUUAAAAAUUAACCAAAAAAGUACGAAUAUUAUAAAAUUUUACGUUUUGUUUCUCCGCAUGUUUUUUUAUCUUAUUUAAUAUUUAAAUUGUAGUUUUUAUAAAAAUAUUUAAAAGUUCAAUAUAAUGUUACAUAGAUUAUAAAUCAAAUAUCUGUUUAUAUUUUUAUUUCAUAUUGCAAAAAAAAAAUCUUCGAAUAAAUUUGAACAAUAAUUUUUUAAUAUUUUUCAUAAUAAAGGGACAACUUUAAAAAAUGAUUUGUUGAAAUGUGCACCAAGGUUAGUACUAUUGGAUAGUAGGCCAAAUACAAAUAGGCCAGGAACUGCUGGAGUUAGAGGGAAUCAAAGUUCGAAAUUUUGGUCAUACAGGAUUUUUUCAAAUGAGUGUAACUUUUCUAAAUUGUCCAAAGGAUAUCGAUUUUUUAAGUUAGGUCACUUUACACGAAAUUGCCCAUACGUAAAUUUCUUUUAUAGAAAUUAAUCUCAUUUAAAAUAAUUUCCAAUAUUAACAUAAAAGUUGCACGAAGUGUAGUUCAACAACAAGUAUAUGGGAGAUUGUGUUUUUUAGAUAACUUCUUGUAUUUUAAAAUAUGUACAUUAGAGUUGUUAUAACUUUUAUAAAAUUUUUGAAAAUUUCAGAACUGCCCUAUCCGUUCCAUAUAGAAUAUAUGUAUAGUAUAAAAAGCUUGUUGAAACUCUAAUAUACAUACAUAUGUAUAUAUAAUUAUAAUUUUAAAGCAUUAAAAAGUGAAAAUAAAUAUAACAAUAAAGAAAUCGAUUAAAGACUUGUGGCGAUAAAAACCCUGCAAAAAUUAUUCGAGUACAUGAACUAUUAAAGUAAUUGAAAAACUACUCUCCUGUAUACAUCAUUGGAGUACAUGAUUCGCUUGGUAGACCUAUUUAAUUAAUGCAGGCAGGGAUCACGUUUAUUUUUUUGAAAACAUCAUGGUCCAUAGCCUGCAUUACAUGAGACCAUGUUGCGGAUCGUGUAAUCCCAUAAUUUAUGCAAGGGAGUAGUUUUGGAAUUACUCCGAUGUAAUGUGUAAUGGAUUACGUGGUCCUCACCUAGGACAACACAAUGUUAAAUGAAGUAUGUUUUUUUUUCCAUAUAUUUGAAUUAGUUUUGAACCAGUCCUAGUCCUUUGAAGAGUACUAAAUUUUUGUAGAGAAUAUCAAAAAAUUGUUUUCACUUGAUUUUUUUUUUUUUAUAAUUUUAUAGCAGUAAAAUAUUAAUAACAAAAUUAAACUGUACAUUUCAUAGAAAAAACAUUACAUAUUUUUUAAAUUUUUGAUUACAUUUAUGGCAACUUAUAGAACCCGAUAUCUUGCAGCGAAAACAAUUUAUUGAUUUGUCCUUUUUAUAUUUUAUCCUUUCAUGUUGAAAGCUUCAUCUGAUUGAUUAAAUACAAAAUUUCAUUUAGGUGAAAUAAACUCUGUGUUAUUAAUUAUACAUAAAAACAUACAUAAAAUAAACUUUAUUUAAAAUUAUAAUUAUUAUUUUUAUUAUCAAAUUGUACAUUUUUUAUUUAAUACCAACCACGUGCACUGUAA